ACACGCAUGCGCCGAAACACAGCCUCCUGCCUGUCAGGACAUACUUUCACUUUGUGCUGAUUUUGAGCUGUCCCUAGCUUUCUUCCCGAGGCUACAACAAAAACACAACAUAAACUUUAACUUUAAAGCCGCGUUUCGGGGACUUUAUAAAUUGUCGCGGUAUAAUUUCACCGGUUCAACCUUCUCGCCGAAACACUAGACAAGAAAACGAGCCGUAAACAACGCGUUUAGCUAACUCUGAAGCAACAAUGUUCUGACAUCUAAAGCUCAUUAUCAUCAGCCGACAGACUACCUCUAUUGCCCUGUGGCUCCUGGUAGACCUCACACUAUGGAGCGGACUGCACUCAGACAGAGCCAGCUCUGUGGCUCCUGGGAGAUGAAGGAGAGACUAGGGAUGGGAGGCUUUGGGCACGUCUACCUGUACCAGCACAUUGAAAUGGGAGAGAAAAUUGCUGUGAAACUUUGCCGCCUGGAGCUGAACUCUAAGAACAAAGACCGCUGGAGACGAGAGAUCCAGAUCAUGAAGAAGUUGAACCAUGUGAACAUUGUUCAGGCCAGAGAAGUACCAGAGGAGUUGAGCAUCAUUGCUUUAAAUGACCUACCUCUGCUGGCCAUGGAGUACUGCUCAAGAGGAGACCUACGCAAGGUUUUGAAUAAACCAGAAAACUGUUGUGGGCUAAAGGAGAGUGAAGUCCUCUCGCUGCUCAGUGACAUUGGUUCUGGUGUCCAGUAUCUCCAUGAAAACAAGAUCAUUCACAGAGACCUAAAGCCAGAGAACAUAGUUCUGCAGGAGAUGUGUGGGAAGAUUGUCCAUAAAAUCAUAGAUCUAGGUUAUGCAAAAGACCUAGAUCAGGGCAGUCUCUGUACAUCUUUUGUUGGAACUCUCCAGUAUCUGGCUCCAGAGCUGUUUGAGAGUAAACCCUACACUGUAACUGUGGACUACUGGAGCUUUGGGACAGUGAUCUUUGAAUGCACUUGUGGCUUUCGCCCCUUCUUACACCACAUGCAGCCUGUACAGUGGACAAGUAAAGUCAAGAACAAAGGUCCCAAGGACAUCAUGGCAGUAGAGGACAUGAAUGGAGAAGUCAGAUUCUCCACACAUCUCCCAUAUCCCAACAAUAUUAGCAGACCACUGCUGGAGCCAGUUGAAUCACUACUACAGAUGUUGUUAUUGUGGGACCCUGCAUCGCGUGGUGGCGGGCUGGAUCCUGACACCAACAAGCCAUACUGCUACACACUGCUACAGAAUAUUCUCAACAUGAAGGUGAUUCAUGUGUUGGACAUGACGUCAGCCCAGCUGCACUCCUUGGUUUUAGGAGCUGAGGAGAGCUUACACUCCCUGCAGCUUCGUCUGGAGACACACACUCAAACACGCAUCUCCCCUCUGAGUCAAGAGCUGCUGCUGGAGACGGGAAUCUCCCUCGACCCACGCAGACCGCCCGCACACUGUCUGCCAGAUGGAUUGCGAGGCUGGGACAGCUCCAUAGUCUUCUUGUUUGAUAAGAGCCUGACCAAGUACUCUGGACCACUGACUGCCAGACCUCUACCAGACAGUGUCAACUUUAUAGUCAGGGAGACCAAGACGCAGCUCCCGCUGUCUGCAUUGAGAAAGGUGUGGGGGGAAGCAGUUAGCUACAUCUGUGGACUGAAAGAGGACUACAUUCGCCUUUACCAGGGACAGAGGGCUGCCAUGCUGAGUCUGCUGCGUUACAACACCAAUUUAACGCGGUACAAGAACCUGCUGUUCUCCCAGUCACAGCAGCUGCAAGCCAAACUGGCUUUCUUUAAGACCAGCAUCCAGCACGACCUUGAGCAAUACACCAAGCAGAGGCACACCGGCAUCUCUUCAGAAAAGAUGCUGAAGACAUGGCAGGAAAAUGAAGAGAAGGCUGAUGGGUUUACAAAGGUUGCAGAUGUGGGGUAUCUGGAUGAAGAGAUAGUGGCUCUACAUUCUGAGAUUGUGGAGUUGCAGAGGAGUCCAUUUGCGAGGAGACAAGGGGAUGUAAUGGAACAGCUUGAGGAAAAGGCUAUUGAACUCUACAAGCAGCUGAAAGCUAAAUGCAAAAGUCCUGACCCUCCACAUGGCUACAGUGACAGCUCAGACAUGGUGAAGACCAUACUCCAAACAGUUCAGAACCAGGACAGGGUGCUGAAAGACUUGUACACUCACCUGAGUACAAUCCUGGUGUGUAAGCAGCGAAUCGUUGAUUUGUUCCCUAAGCUGGAGAGGGCGGUAGAGAGCAUAAAAACUGCAGAGGCAGCAGUGAUGCAGAUGCAAAUGAAACGACAGAAAGAGUUCUGGUAUCUACUCAAGAUUGCCUGUGCCCAGAGCAAUUCUCCAUCACAGCCACAGCCACUUAUGCAGCGACCCACUGCCAGUGAAACUGUUCAUCAGUUACUGGAUGAGAAUCAGCGUUAUCUGAGUCAGCUAACUUCUCUGCUGCAGGACGCCACCCAGGAGAUGGAGCACAGUGUCAUGGAUCAGGACUGGAGCUGGACCCAGUACAGAGCAGCGAAAGCCCAACCUCAGAAGCUGUAGAAAAUGACCAAAGACUCAGUGUUAUGAGUCAAAGAUGUAUACUGUAAACGAGUGCCUUAUCAGAGUUAUACAAUCUGAAAGCUUUGUGAUUCCAUACUGUUUCAUUUACAUACAAGUAAUGCUGUAAGACAACAAUGUGUGAAGCAGCAUGGUGUGGUAAGCUAUUCAUGUUUUAAUUUAAAUUUAUUUUAUUGAGUUUAAAAUCUAUUUUGAGCUGUCACCAAGAUGUAUUUAUUGAACUGAUAUUGUUGAGUGAAACAUUGCUGCUAAGAAACUAUGCAUGAUGGAAUUUGAGUAAAUUUUAAAAUGUAUGGCA